CAAUGUCGGGAUCCUGAGACGAUGAUGGAUACACUGUAGAGGGAACUGGGAAGGGAGAAGAAUCCUAAUUUUCAGUGUAGAAGAGUUCUACUUGCUCCAUCAAUGGAGCUUGGGUCUUUCAGCUCGUGCUUCAGGACAAACCCUCCUGUUCUAAUCUCACCACCUGUGAUUCGGACAAACGCCGAGAUUUUCUGGAGACAGAGAAAGAGGAGAUCCAUGUUCACUGCCUCCGCUGUCUCCUACAAGGACUUUGUCCACUCCGCUCUCGAAGAAACCAGACGACGCGUCGUUCUCGAACCAUCUCCUCUCCAGGAAAAGUAUAAUAGAAUGACAGCACUUGAUGGGAAAACAGAGCUUCAGAUGCUAGCUUUCAGAUCUUCAAGGAUAAGGCUUUUGCGAAGCAUGACCAUCGUGAGUGAGACAAUGCAGGUUUUGGACUUUGCUGGUUUUAUGGAGCCUGAGUUUGAUGCACCGAUAUUCUGUGCAAACUGUUUCACAUCUGCCAAUAUGAAUAUAGUUGUCUUGGACCUAAAUCCUUUGCAUCAGCUGACCGGUCAGAGAGAUUACAAGGAGAAGUAUUAUAAAAACUUGAUGACCUUAUACCACAAAUAUGCUGAGCUUUUGCCGUGGGGAGGAAAGCUGACUGGUGAAUCCAUAAAGUUUUUCUCUCCUCUGGUUAUUUGGACCAAAUUUACCUCUACUCAAGAAAAACAUAGAGCUUUAUUCUCCGCAUUCUUGGAUUACUACGAGGCAUGGCUUGAAAUGACGGGUCAUGUGGUCGAGGAGAUGGACGCAGCUAAGGUCAUGGCCAACCGGGAAGCACAGCACAAGUACCUGACAUGGCGCUCCGAGAAGGACCCUGGACACGGUGUACUGAGAAGAUUAAUCGGUGAAACGCAUGCAAAGGACUUGCUAAGGAACUUCCUCUUUAAUGGGGUCGAUGAACUAAGCACGAAAACGUUCCUCGAUUACUUUCCAGAGUACCGAACAGAAGAAGGGUCUGUAAAUUACCAACGAAGUAUGGUCGGGAAAUCGUUUGAAACCCGUCCGUGGGAUGCAAGAGGAGAAUUCAUCGGCUGAGAUUUGUCAGACCUAAACAAUCAGAGUAUUCAAAGACUCAACCUUUAUGGAAUAUCUCCAGGGAAUACAGAGGCGGAGGCAGCGGCUGCGACUAUGGCUGUAAAGCUCAAGCACGACUAACUAAUGCCGUGGUGACAAGAGUGUGAUGACCGAACCGAAAUGUCCAUCUUGUAGUAAUCCGUAGAGAUGCAUUUGGAUCAAGGCAUGUUUGCUGUUUUGUAGUUUAAGGUUGAAAUUUUAUAUAUUGGGGAUGUUCUUUUAGUUCUUACGUAUAGUAUACAUAUCAGAAUCCAGUGGUGGUAACUAGGGGCAGGUGUUCGGUAUUCAGUUCGCGUGCGAUUCAACUCUUUCGGUGUA